AUAGCAUGGAGUUUGACCUCAAGAUGGGCAAAAACAUAUUGUCGGUGCCAUCUGGCAUGUACCAUACAGAAAGCGAGGAAAAUAUUCUGGAGAGAGGAUUAUUAGGAUCAACCAAAUUGUGGAUUGGCAAAGAUUAUGUGAAUUUUAUUUACAAAGACUUUGUGAAUCUGGACCAGCCGUUUGAAGAUUUCAUCGACAGAACAAAAUAUCCCAGAAUGCCUUGGCAUGAUAUUGGAUGUGUUUUGUAUGGAAAGUCUGCUAGAGACCUUGCAAGACAUUUUAUAGGUCGUUGGAAUUUCACAAAGCUGAAAAAAUGUAAACGAAAUCCAGAUUUCCCAUUUCUGAUACCAAAGACUCUCACAAAUUGUACCAUCACCCGACCAAUUAAAGAUAUCACCUUGUUUCACAAAAACAUUAACUAUCUGCAGGUUCUGCGCAGCUGUGGUGGCUGGUCUGCAGGUCUCGGAGAGGUUGAGUAUUCCAUCCAUGAAGCAUACGAGCAUUGCAUUGAAAAUGCCAGGAACUAUAUUUAUAUUGAGAAUCAGUUUUUCAUCACGCAAGUUGGAAACCACAGCAUUGUCCAAAAUGGUAUAGGAAAAGCUUUGUACAAACGUAUUUUAAGGGCCCACAGGAGUAACAGCAAUUUCAAAGUUUAUGUUGUGAUGCCACUGCUGCCUGCUUUUGAGGGAGAAUUUGGUACCAAUUCAGGUGCAGCCUUGCAGGCAGUCACUCACUGGAACUAUUCCUCUAUCUGCCGGGGUGUCCCAGACCCUAAUAAGUACAUUGUCUUCUGUGGCUUGAGAUCGUGGGACAGACUUGAAGGCAAACUAUUCACAGAGUUGAUCUAUGUGCACAGUAAGCUGAUGAUUGUUGAUGAUGACACUGUUAUCAUUGGCUCAGCCAACAUCAAUGAUCGAAGUUUGUUAGGGGCUCGUGACAGCGAAAUUGCCGUCCUGUUUGAGGACAUUCACAAGGUUAAUGUCACUGUCAAUGGGAAACAGUAUCAAGCAGGAAAAUUUGCGUCUUCUCUACGAUGGACAAUAUUCAGGGAGCAUCUAGGCAUUCACACAGACCCAGAUUUUGUAGAUCUGACAGACAUCUCCAGUGAUAGUUUUUAUAAAGAAGUCUGGAUUAAGAGGGCAGCUGUUAAUACAACAUGUUAUGACAAAGUGUUCAAAUGUCUUCCAACAGACAAUGUCAAAAACUACACACAGCUUAGAGAGUACCAAGCAGCCCCUUCAUUAGCAAAAACCAACGAGGAAGAAGCCAUGACCUGGCUGAAAAAGGUCAAAGGUUAUUUAGUCCUCAUGCCAUUACAGUUUCUGAAAGAAGAGAAAUUAUCUCCUAAAGUAGGUCAGAAGGAAGCCGUUUUACCCACACAUUUAUGGACAUAA